CAUGACACUAGGUAUAGGUAAAACAGAAGGAACAGUUGGAGAAGUUAAUAAUUAUAUUCUCCUACAUUUGGAAUCAGUCACAUAGCUUCCAAUAACAUCAAAUAUUCCGAACGAAAUACUAACAUGAACGUGUUAGCCUCCCAAAAUUGAACUCCGCAACUCAACCAUUCUUGAGAGUUGGUAUUGUGUCUUAAAAAAGCUAGCAUCGAGGUAAAAGGUCCCUGUUAUAAAGGACUAUUGCUAGCACUACUCGUUAUCCUUGAGUUAGCCUUUUUCUUUAGUCUUAUAUAACUUGAUAUCAUAUAUUGUCGCUUUCUUCAACACAUAAGCGAAUAAAUUGAUAGUUCGUGCCAGUCCCGAAGGAAGAGUUGGUGAGCACUAGCCACUUGAAUUGGUUCACAGAUCAACAUCAACAAGCUGACCUACUCUACAUUCUUAGAAACUAGCAAAAUGCGAGUGUGGGUAUCGUCUCACGGCUCUGGAGCCAUCAACACUCUAGACAACUCCUUCAGCAUCACAGCCAACGAAGGAGGGUCAGUGAUACGACCGACGAAACCCGGUGAGCUCAAAGGAACUGUUCUCUUUCCUCUCCACGGCCUACCUAGUACUAUUUCCUAUUACAACCGGGUGGCGGUUGACUUCUCGUCUCAAACCGCACGUGUUGAUGAGGUAGUAAUUAUGUCCGGUAGCGACGAGGUCUUCCAGAAGAAGAGGCUGCGCAAAACUGGAGACUUCACAAUUCCGUUGCACGGUCACCAUGUCAAAGCGGAAGAAGAGGGGAAAGGUUUGGCCUUAUGGCUCAAGGUAGAGUUUGAGAAUGUGACUGCGGAGCUUGAGUUCCGGUCAGUUGGACUCGAGGUUGUUGUGACUUCUCCGCCGCCAACUGAAAAGAUUAAACUCGACAGCGGGACUUGGAAUACAGGCCAUGUUAGGCCAUGGGAUCAUCCUAGAGAGAAGACCGAAGGCUUGGUUAAAUUCACAAAGGAGUUUAGCUCAAUUCCGACGGUGUUGGUUAGCAUGAAUACCGCAAGUGUUAAAGGAGGGUCAAAUUUUAGAGUCAAGGUUUACGCGACAGAGAUUAGCUCUCAUGGGUUCACCGUCCAUGCAGAUAGCUGGGCAGAUACGGUGUUAUAUUCGUGCGGCGUGACAUGGUUAGCGAUAGGAUCUUGACAUGUAAGCGAGGAUACCUCGGGACAGCUAAGGACACUGGGAGAAGUAGGGACUGGAAGUGGAACCGUUGGGCUUGGGACAAGUAAUUUAUAGACCUACAUAAUAGAAUACAAUUAUCAUAACAGGUAGUAA